AUGGCGUCACUGUUGAAUGGGGAAGAAGAGCUAUCUCUCACCGUCAAAGCUACUGCAGGGAAACAGGGCUCCAAGGACCGCACCACCAGCGCUGCCCAGUUCUGCUCCCUGUGCAUGAAUUCCCCCUCAGCUUUGGUUUUGUGUCUGGGGGAGCUGCAGUUGGCCAUGCCAGAGGGUCCCACAUCAGGGGCACACACAUGCGUUUGCUAUGCUGAGUUUGGCGUGCGGGUCCCCAAGACCACAGGCUCUGCCUACACCUACAGCUACGUGACGGUGGGGGAGUUUGUGGCGUUCUUCAUCGGCUGGAACCUCAUCCUGGAGUACCUGAUCGGCACGGCCGCGGGCGCCAGCGCCCUCAGCAGCAUGUUCGACUCGCUGGCCAACCACACCAUCAGCCGCUGGAUGAUCAACAGCGUCGGGACGUUGAACGGACUAGGGAAAGGAGAGGAGUCGUACCCUGACCUUCUUGCUCUGGUCAUUGCUGUCAUUGUCACCAUCAUCGUGGCCAUGGGGGUGAAGAACUCAGUGGGGCUGAACAACGUGCUCAAUGUCAUUAACCUGGCAGUCUGGAUCUUCAUCAUGAUUGCUGGUCUCUUCUAUGUCAAAGGUGACAACUGGUCUGAAGGGCAAUUCCUGCCAUUUGGAUGGCCAGGGGUGCUCAAAGGGGCUGCGACGUGUUUCUAUGCCUUCAUCGGCUUCGACAUCAUCGCUACCACGGGAGAAGAAGCGAAGAGUCCCAACACCUCCAUCCCCUACGCCAUCACAGCCUCGCUUGUCGCGUGCUUGACAGCAUAUGUGUCCGUGAGCAUCAUCCUCACACUGAUGGUGCCGUACGAUGCCAUCGACACGGAGUCCCCACUGAUGGAAAUGUUUGUGGCCCAUGGCUUCUACGCAGCCAAGUUCAUCGUUGCCAUCGGGUCCGUGGCCGGACUGACCGUCAGCUUGCUGGGCUCCCUCUUCCCCAUGCCGAGAGUCAUUUACGCCAUGGCUGGUGACGGGCUGCUCUUCAGAUUUUUGUCCCACGUCAGUUCUUACACGGAAACUCCUGUAGUGGCUUGUAUCGUCUCCGGAUUCCUCGCAGCAUUGCUCUCCUUGCUGGUCAGCCUGCGGGACCUGAUAGAAAUGAUGUCCAUCGGCACGUUGCUCGCCUACACGCUCGUCUCCGUUUGCGUCCUGCUCCUCCGAUACCAGCCCGAGAGCGACAUCGAUGGCUUCGUCAAAUUCCUCUCUGAGGAGCACACCAAGAAGAAGGAGGGCAUCCUGGCUGACUGCGAGAAGGAAGCUUGCUCCCCGGGGAGCGAAGGGGAAGAGUUUUCUGGCCCACCAACCAACACAUGUGGGGCAAAAAAUCUGCCAUCGCUGGGGGAUAACGAGAUGCUAAUUGGGAAAUCCGAUAAAUCCACCUACAAUGUGAAUCACCCCAAUUAUGGCACGGUUGACAUGACCUCAGGGAUAGAGGCAGAUGAGUCUGAGAACAUCUACCUCAUCAAGCUGAAGAAGUUGAUUGGCCCUCGCUACUACACGAUGCGGAUCCACCUUGGACUGCCAGGGAAAAUGGACCGCCCCACGGUGGCCACCGGCCACACGGUCACCACCUGCGUGCUCCUGCUCUUCGUCCUGAUGUUCAUCUUCUGCUCCUUCAUCAUUUUCGGGGCAGACUACAUCUACGAGCAGAGCUGGUGGGCUGUCCUCCUCGUCGUGCUGAUGAUCCUGCUCAUCGUCGUGCUGGUGUUUGUGAUCUUGCAGCAGCCAGAAAACCCCAAGAAGCUGCCUUACAUGGCACCUUGUCUACCCUUCGUCCCUGCCUUUGCUAUGCUGGUGAAUAUCUAUCUUAUGCUGAAGCUCUCCACAGUCACGUGGAUCCGAUUUGCCGUCUGGUGUUUUGUGGGUCUGCUUAUCUAUUUUGGUUACGGGAUGUGGAACAGCACGCUGGAGAUCAGUGCCCGGGAGGAGGCCCUUCACCAGAGUACCUACCAGCGCUACGAUGUGGACGUCGACCCCUUCUCCGUGGAUGACGGCUUCUCCUACGCCACCGAGGGUGAGGCCUACCCAGGCUGGGGUCCCUCUGAGGACAAGAGCUUCUCAUACCAGCAAAUGGCGGGAGCAAAGGAAAGCCAUCGGACGAGUAGCAGGUCGAAAAGCAAAGGCAGGCACAAACCGCCAUCGGAGGCUCUUAUCGCCAACGAUGAGUUGGACUACUCGCCUGAGUAG